GGCCCGAAAUCCCGUGGUAGUGAAGCCUUGUCGUAGCCCUGCUGGCAAUAACGACCGCGGGCGAGGCACCUAACAGACUUCUCGGCUUACUGCGGUCUACAGUGGCCCAACUCUCGUCCACGGCAUAGUUGGCCAAACAUAUUCGCGCUUCACUACCGACAAUCCGACUCAGACGCUCUUCACUUUCUUCGGACUACAAGUGACUCAGUAAUGAGUCACUUACAAGUGAAGUAUCGAAAUGAUGACUAACAUCCCUCCGUUUGUCGAGUAUAUACAUGCACAAACUCGCCGUCGCUACGUCCCUAUCCCAGCAGCUGUUCCAGGGUCAAGGAUACCCCGGAGUCGACAGACCGUCUCUGAGCUCAAAGUGGUAUACCCAUUUCAGUUGCGAACGAUAUCUGAACAUUUAACCCCAAAAAUCGGCCGCUGUGACAAGAAAACUUCACAUCUCUGGCUUACCCGGCGUCGACGCCCUGCUCACCGUCUUCCAGCAGAGCCUAUACCUCCGCCAGAGUUUCGUCUCCUCGAUCUUCCAAGCACGGCUACCACAUUGAUCUGUCGUUUUCUGCUAACUGCGCCGUGGCAAGUGAGAGUCUACUGCCCCCCUUUCCCGCCAAACGUGAUCUUCAACAAUUGCAAUUUUACCGCCGAUGCGCAUAUUCGCCUCUUGAAGGAUGUUCUGGAUAUCGAGCCACAGUUGCUGUACGUCUGUCGGAGAGCAUACGAAGAAGGAGUGAGCAGUCUUUAUGCGGCGAACACCUUUGAGUACGGCAACCUGGAAUCUGAUAAUGAGGACCUGAACGAGGAAAUGCAGGAAAUCGAACAGUUCGAUCGAGAGCAUUCGCGCUUGUUGUCCGACGAAGAAUCCUCUUAUCCCACGCCUGAACCAGCAAACUAUUUUUCUGUAAUGUUCCCGGAGGAUCCCCCCAGACGUCGGUACAGAAGGCAGCAUUAUUUUUCGGUCCUUCCUCUCCGCAGCCGCGACAUGAUUCAAUUGAUCAGCAUCGCUUCAUCAAGCUUCUGUUUCAAUCAAUUUCACAUGUUCCGGAGUCUCAGAAGAGUGAUCUUCACACACCCUCGUUACAUAUAUUGGGAGCGGAACCUCAGCACGGAGAGAAGUGAUAGUUCGAGCAAGUGGUCUUUCUUCCAAGAUAUCUUCGACGAUAAGAAAGCAGAAGAAGGCUUUUUAUGGAACUGGGAAGACGUCACGACCGACAACGUACAGCAGUUAUGGGUCGAGCGCCGCAACCAAUUGGAGCAAGAUCGUGAGAUUCACGCUCCUCGUCAGACUAGCGGAGGAUGUCCCAGAGAGAUUGGAACUGGUUGUGUCCUUCGUGGUGGAAAACAGCAUACUGCGUGAGGAUGAUAAAGAAUUUCGGGUCCAGGUGCGGAAUAUCAUCGAGAUUUCGAGGUAUCACACCACUGAAUGGCGAUCUGAAAUCACGCCCGAUAUUUCUUGGUCUGCACCCGCUGGAAGAUGGUAGGGGGGACGCAUAGCGUGGUGGGACAUCGAGUCUAG